AUGGUAGGAGUGACUUCGACAACGAUGCUGCAAAUUCGCAUGGCAUCCGGGGAGGAGAUUCAGAUUACGAAGGAGGCUUUUGAAUUAGUGGUGCAAACGAACGACCUUCCUGUCAGGGCUUUAAAGCAGAGGCUGCAGACUCUGCUCGGCAUACCGAGAUUUCGGCAGAGACUUCUGAUAGAAGGGCGCGAGUUGUGCGAUUCUGAUGAACUGGUUUUUCCUAUGGAGGUCGAAAUUGUCCUGCUGCACUUCUGUCCUGUCGAUGACAGGCAGUGCCGUGAGCUUUUUGCCGCGGUUGCCCUUGAUUCAGCUGAGCGACUCGAGACAGUUCUUGCUGGCCCACUUGACCCAAACUUCACGAGUCAGACGGUACACCAAAACCGGACGGCCUUACAUUACGCAGCGGUUUGUGGCAGUGCUCGCUGCACUCGCUUGCUACUCGAAGCAGGAGCAGACAAAGACAGGGUUUCGGAAGAUGGUUACACCGCACUUGGCCUUGCAACGGCACAGGGGCACUUGGAAAUACUGGAGAUUCUGAUGCAUGCUGGGGCCGACUUGCAGAAGGCACCGCGAGGACGCUUCACUCCUUUGUCUGUGGCCUGCUGCCACGGAGAUGUAGCAGUGGUUCGCUUUUUGCUUGACGCAAGUGCUGAGACGAACCCAGACGUUUGCAGAGCAACACCUUUAGGAAUAGCAUGCGCCGAGAACCACUUGGAAGUCGCUCGCUUGUUGCUCGAGGCGCGCGCCGACAAGAAUACGACGAUGAGUGGCAGCGUGACAGCUAUGCAUCUUGCUUGCCAGCGCGGCCAUGCGAAACUCGUGCAGCUAUUGCUGGAGGCGGAUCUUGAUACGAACGCAGACUGGGAUGCUAGCUUUACAGCCCUCUUGCUUGUCUCUGCGGAGCACCACGAUGUCUUGCGCUUACUUUUGCGUGCCCAAUCCGGUGAGAUUGCGUUUGGCCAGCGCAGCAUUGCAGCCUUCAUGGCUGUGGAGCAGUGCCAGCUUGGAGCUGCUGGCAUAAUCCUUGCGGAUGCUGUUAAGCGCAGGGCGAACGACGUCUGCCAAAAUGGAUUGCUGGCCGAGUGUCUGUCCGGUCUACGGAAGUGGUGCGCUUGCUAA